AACCGACAACUCUCCGAUUACAACAUCUGAGGCUCCAGUAACAAUAUUGGAAGUCGACGCUACAACGUCCAAGAAUACUCUAAUUACAACAGCGCAAAUCACAGACAAUUCCCCGAUCGCAACUUCUGAAGCGGCGAUGACAACAUCAAAGGUCGACGUUACAACGUCUGAAAAUAAUCCAAUUACAACAGCGCAAAUCACCGACAAUUCCCCGAUAACAACAUCUGAAGUUCCGAUGACAACAUCAGAGGUCGACGUUACAACGUCCGAGAAUAAUCCAAUUACAUCAGCGCAGACAACCGACAACUCUCCGAUUACAACAUCUGAGGCUCCAAUAACAACAUUGGAAGUCGACGCUACAACGUCCGAGAAUAAUCCAAUUAUGGCAGCGCAGACAACCAACAAUUCUCCGAUCACAACGUCCGAGACUCCAGUGACAACAUUAGAAGUUGACGCCACAACAUCCGAGAAUACUCCAAUUACAACAGCGCAGACAACCAACAAUUCCUCGAUUACAACACCUAAGAUUAUUCAAAUUACUUCGUCGAAAUCUACAGACAAUUCACCGAUUACGACAUCAGAGAAUACUCCAAUUACGCCAACGCAUACUACUGACAAUUUCCCGAAUAAAAUAUCUGAAUCUCCAAUGACGACAUCGAAAUUCGAUGUUACAACAUCGGAGAAAACCCCAAUUACGACAUCGCAAACAGCCGCCAAUUCAACGAUUACAGCUUCUGAGGUUCAAAUGACGACAUUUAAAACCGAUACCACAACAGCGGAAAAUUAUCCAAUUACGAAAUCGGAAUCCACUGUUCAUAUUACGACAUCCGGGGAUACUUCAAGUAUGACAACAAUAACUACUUCGGAAAAAAAUGAAAUUGAUGGGUUCAAUGUUAACUUGUCUCCUAGUACGAUAUCUGGGGCGUCUUCAACGACGCCAUCCGAGGUCAUAUCAACGAACUCCGAAACUACUUCAACUACAAAACCAGCAUUCAUCGGCAUCGAAAUUGAGGGGUUCAAUGUCCAUCUGUCUCCUGUUACGGAGGCGUCUUCUAUAACAACAACUGUAAUCAUACCUACAAAACCAUCCCACGUCGUAUCAUCGACCUCUGGAACUACUUCAACUACGACAUCAGGGUCCACUGAAAAUGGAAUCGGAGGGUCCAAUGUUCAUCUGUCUACUAUAACGGAGGUGUCUUCUAUAACAACAACAACAACAACAACAGAAACCAUACCUACAAAAUCAUCCCAGGUCGUUUCAUCAACUUCCGGAAUUACUUCAACUACGACAUCAGAUUCUACUGGAAAUGGAAUCGGAGGGUCCAAUGUUAAUCUGUUUCCUAUAACAGAGGCGUCUUCUAUAACAACUACUGAAACCAUAUCUACCAAACCAUCCCAGGUCGUUUCAUCGACUUCCGGAAUUACUUCAACUACGACAUCAGAUUCUACUGGAAAUGGAAUCGGAGGGUCCAAUGUUAAUCUGUUUCCUAUAACAGAGGCGUCUUCUAUAACAACUACUGAAACCAUAUUUACCAAACCAUCCCAGGUCGUUUCAUCGACUUCCGCAAUUUAUUCAACUACGACAUCAGAGUCCACUGGAAAUGGAAUCGGAGGAUCCAAUGUUAAUAUGUCUCUUAUAACAGACGCGUCUACUAUAAUAACUACUGUAACCAUACCUACCAAACCAUCCCAGGUCGUUUCAUCGACUUCCGGAAUUACUUCAACUACGACAUCAGAUUCUACUGGAAAUGGAAACGGAGGGUCCAAUGUUAAUCUGUCUCCUAUAACAGAGGCGUCUUCUAAAACAACUACUGAAACCAUAUCUACCAAACCAUCCCAGGUCGUUUCAUCGACUUCCGGAAUUACUUUAACUACGACAUCAGAGUCUACUGGAAAUGAAAUCGGAGGGUUCAAUGUUCAUCUGUCUCCUCUAACGGAGACGCCUUCUAUAACAACAACAAUUGAAACCAUACCUACAAAACCAUCUCAGGUCGUUUCGUCGACCUCCGGAACUAGUUCAACUACGAAACCAGCAUCCAUUGGAAUGGGAAUUUGGGGAUUCAAUGUCAAUAUAUCUCCUAUUACGGGGGCGUCUUCUGUAACAACAACUGUAACCAUUCCUACAAAACCAUCCCAGGUCGUUUCAACGACCUCCGGAACUACUUCAACUACGACAUCCACUGAAAUUGGAAUCGGAGGGUCUCAUGUUCACCUAUCUUCUAUCAUGAUAUCUGAGGCGUCUUCAACUACAACAACCGCAACUGAGACCAUUACAUCAACAGCAUCGACAACAAUCAGUAGCAUCGAUUACUGUGAAAGCCUUUCUGUAGUAGGACCAAAAGUUGUUCGGCGAAAUACUCCCUUCACAGUUGUCGUAUCCAACUCACGAACGCGCCGUGUUGAAUUAGUUGUAUCCCUCAUUGGGACAUACUCAAACACUGAUGCUUAUAAUAAAACUGCAACGAUAGUUGUACCCAAUAAUGCAGUCAAAACUGCUAGCUUCGAGAUUGCUAACAUUCCUGAAGGCAUGUACAGUCUGAUGUUCACCAACGUGAAUGAAGAUUGCGUUUUUGACGAACGCGUAGAUCUUGUGUACAACCCUAAAGCGUUGUCGAUUUUCAUCCAAACCGACAAACCGAUGUAUAAUCCUGAGAACAAAGUACGAUUUCGUAUUAUUGUUGUCGAUAUCGACACGAAGCCAAUUUCCAACCGUUAUACCGCCGAGGUACAGCUCUCGGAUGCGAGAGGGAACUUCAUCAUGCAAUGGUCGCACGUAACCAUAGUUGAUGGGAUUUUUUCAUCUGAUUAUCCCUUAGCUGCAUCCCCAAUUUUGGGCAAUUGGAGCCUUACAGCGACGAUAGAUGGAAUUGUAGCAAAGAAACAGUUCGAGGUGCGACAGUACGAAUUGCCCAAGUUUUUUGUCAAGGCGUACCCUACAGAGGUUUCGCUAAUAAAGAACAAAAGGGUUAAAGUCACGGUUGAGGCAGCUUACACAUUUGGGCAACAAAUUGAGGGCGCAGUCCGUAUAGCGUUGUUUCUAAGUCAAAAGCGCACUUCAGCAGUAGCUACUGCGACUAAAAAUAUAAUUGGCAAGACUAACGUCGAAUUUCCGCUUAAAAAAGAGAUAGUCAUUGAAGAGAAAUCGGCUGACUUCCAAGAUGUUGUCAUAAAAGUCAGUGUAGCAGAACGAUACACAAAUCGUACGGUGAACAUCACUCAAACUAUACCGGUGUUCCUCUAUCCAUACAAAAUUUCAGUAGUGAAACCAUUACCAGCGUUGCAUCCCGGAGUCCCAUAUGCAGUGCAGUUCUCGAUAAAGGACCAUUAUGGAGAUACUCCAGUGAACCCAAAAAGUUUAGAAAUAACAGCUUAUUAUGGUGGGGAGGAGGCCAAUGGUACAGACACAUUUAAGCAAUCUCUCACUAAGCAAGGCGCGACAUCGCUUUACAUGAAUCCUCCACGGGAUUGCACAGAGUUGACGCUUAUGGCGAAAUAUGAAUCAAUCAACUAUGGAAUACUAGAAACUAUAAAAGCAACUAAGUCUCAAAGUCUACACUAUAUACGAGUUUCCAUCAACCCAAAAUAUAGAAUUCGCGUCAACAAAGAUGUUGUAUUCAGUGUGAGCUGCACAAGACGUAUGAAGUACUUCUCCUAUAUUAUUACUUCACGUGGGCGCAUCAUCGCCAGCAGUACAAAUUUGUCAGUCUCGAAUAAGAAAAGAAUAAACAUCAAGAUUAAACUCACCCCACGGAUGGCUCCUGUGGCGCGGAUUAUAGUGUUCGAUAAUGACGACGAGUUCGUGCUGUUCGAUCAGCUCGAUCUGCAUUUUGAAUCAUUCAAUAACAACGUGAUGAUGGCACUGGACAGCGAAGAAUACCAACCAGGACAAGACAUCUAUGUCAACGUGGCGGCAGCCGAGGACUCAUAUUUCGGUACACAAGCAAUCGAUCAAAGUGUUCUUCUCCUGGGAAAUAAUGCAAAUGCUUUUGACAAAAACGAAGUACUCAAGGAUCUGGCUCUUUACGACUAUACCGGAAACAAUGACAUAAAUUCAUUCGCAUCAACAGGUUUAUUUUUAUUAUCGACCAGUCAGACGGAUACACCAAUGUUGCGUACAGGUCCAAUGGGUCGUGCUAAAUUCUUUUCCGAACCCUAUCGACAACUUGAAAAGCCGGUUCUCAUCAGAACCGAAUUCCCCGAUUCUUGGCUGUGGAAGAAUUUUACUCUGAAUGCCCGGAAAACGACCGUCAAUGACACCGUCCCGGACACGAUAACGUCCUGGCAAGUUUCAGGUUUUGCGCUCAGUCCAUCGCUGGGUCUCGGAUUUGUGGAUAAACCCCAAAAUUUAGUCGUAAUACAACCAUUUUACAUUAUUGUCCAACAGCCGUAUUCAGUGAAACGCAAUGAGAUAACGCUCGUUCACGUAACGGUGUAUAAUCAUCACGAGGAAACCAUUUCAGCUAACGUAACAUUAUCUAGCAAAAGGGGUGAAAUUGAAUUCGUAGGGGUAUUAGGCGGCAAAAUAAUUGGAAAUCUGAAAAAAAGAAUUACUGUACCGACAGACGUCGGGAGGUCCGUUACGUUCAUGAUCAAGGCUAAAAAAUUGGGAGAUAUCGCGAUCAAAGCCCAGGCUAAAAGUUUAUUAGCAUCGGAUGCGGUGGAGCAUAUUUUGCGAGUGACUCCCGAGAACCAUUUAUACGAGAAAAACGAGGCAAGAGUUAUCGAACUCAACAUAGUCGGCACACAGAAGUUCACAAUAGAUCUCGAUAUCCCGAGAGGGAUAGAAGAAGGUUCUCUAUCCACGAAAUUCACAGUCGAUGGAAAUUUUCUGGGUACGGCCGUAAACAAUCUUGAAUCACUCAUUCGUUUACCGACAGGUAAUGGUGAAUCAAAUAUGGUGAGUUUCGUUACUAGCAUUGUUGUAUUGGACUACUUGUCCGAAACUGGCACGAUUGCAAACGAUGUGAAAUCCAAAGCAAUCAAUAGUCUGCAAGUUGGUUAUCAGAAUCAGCUGAAAUAUAAACGUUCCGAUGGUUCCUUCAGUUUAUGGGGUCGCCGAAACUUACAAGGAAGUACAUUUUUAACUGCCUUCGUCGCCAAAUCGUUCAAACUGGCGUCAAAAUAUAUCGUCAUAGAUGAAUCGAUUAUUAGCGCCGCGUUUCACUGGUUGGCAGAUGUUCAGAGCUCUGAUGGACGAUUCGAAGAGGUAGGACAGAUGUCACAUCCAGAUAUUCAGGGAGGAUUGCGGAAUAAUAGCAUUGCGCUCACAUCUUAUGUUCUAAUCGCACUUCUGGAAGAUGCAGAAAUUGCAAGCAUGCACAACUCAACCGUUCGGAGAGCCACGAGAUUUUUGUCGCGCAAAUUCCAUCAAAAAGACGAUGUGUAUGAUUUAGCUCUGAUAACGUACGCCUUCUCCUUGGCGAAACAUCCGAAGGCGAAGCGUUCAUUAGAUAAGCUCUUAGAAAACUCAGAAUUUAUGGAGGGCGUUGGUCGAUAUUGGGCUGGUCAUCCAUUUGCUGUUGAGGUAGCUGGAUAUGCGAUUCUGUCCCUUCUUGAACAAGGAAUAGUUAGUGGGACAACAUCACUUGUACAAUGGUUAUGCCAGAAUCGUUACAGUCGGGGAGGUUACUCGGGCACACAGAAUACAUUUAUAGGACUGAAAGCUUUGGCGAAAUUUGCUGCAACAACGACGUCACAGAAAAACAACUAUCGAAUAACUGUUUGGCAUAAACCGGCAAAAAAAUAUACCUUCAACGUCAAUAAGACGAUUGCGCACGCCAUUCAAGAAGUAGAUUUACCUAGCAACAUUCGGCAGGUCCGGGUGAAAGUGGAAGGAAAGGGAUAUGGUGUUUUCCAGGUUGCUUGCCGAUAUCACAUGAACAUUGAACGUGCCAAACCGAGCUUUAAAUUGAUCGUGAACGUGCUGAAGAAUACCACAUAUCACGUACAAUAUCUACGCGUGUGCGCUAAAUAUAUUCCACAAGAAGCUUAUCAACGCUCAAACACGGCUAUGGUUGAGGUGUCCUUCCCGAGCGGUCUCGUUGCCGAUGAAGACAGCGUUCAAGAUUUAUCUCCCAAUCGCCGAAUACAGAAAACUGAACUACGAUAUGGUGCCACAUCGAUUAAUGUCUACUAUGACAGCUUGGGUCCCGAAAAUAGUUGUUUUCGAGUCACAGCCUACCGAAGACUCAAGGUUGCUAACAAUCGUCCAGCCAAUGUUGCUGUUUACGAUUACCACAACCCAGAUCGCUUCGCCGUGAAAUCAUACGAGGGAUACGCAGCACAAGUGUGCGAUAUCUGCGAGGAGGAGUGUGCAAAACUGUCAUGUAUUUCAAAAACGAAACGAAAAAGAAACGGGUGAUGUGAAGAUGUUACAAUGACA